GGAGCUUGGCUCGCUCAAAACCAAACUUUAUCCGCCUCUCUCCAUCUCUCAUCUAUUAUCUAUCACUCCGUCUCCUGAAAUCUCUCCAUUCUUUUCUCUCUUCUUUAGACUUGGAUUUCUUUCUCUUUUUUCUUCUUUGCAUUAGAUUAUAAGAGGGGCUAACUUCUAAGAGAGAGAGAGAGAAAAAAACUAUGAAGAUGGAUCAAGACCGGUUGAGGAAUGCUCAUAAUAAGUAUGUAAGUGCUCAUGCUUUGUUCAGGCUAUUGGCAGGUGCGACCACACUAGCUGCAGCUUUGGUCAUGGGCUUGAACAAAGAAACCAAGAGUAUUGCUGGAUACCAAAUGGUGGCUUCUUACAAAACAUCUCCUGCCUUCGAGUUCUUUCUUGUGGGGAAUGCGAUUACUUGUGGGUACACAAUAGCUUCUCUGCCUUUUGUUUCCAAGCUGGUGGAAGGCUACUUAUUGGAUCUGUUGGAUCUGGUAAGUUUGGUUCUUUUGAUGGCCUCAGCUUCGGCGGCUACAGCAAUAGGCUACCUGGGGAAGGAGGGGAAUGAUCAAAUUGGAUGGAUGAAGGUGUGUCCCUACUAUGAGAAGUUCUGUAACGGGGUUGCCAUCUCUUUGGUCUUCUCAUAUGUCGGCCUUCUAUUCUUGUUACUCAUAUGCGUCCUCUCUUCUGUGUACAAGACCAGACAAAGCAACAAGUCAUGAAUCCGAGGUCCACAGUUGAGGAAAAAGAGGAAACAGAAGAUCUUACAGUCUGUGUUAAACUUCUUUUUAACUUGCAAACAAUUGCCUUCCAGAAAUUAUGCAUGCUAUUUCACCUUAUUGUAGUCUAAAUUUAUGAUCCUGCUGCUUUCAACUUAGGGAGUAGAUUUGUAGUCUGUUAUAAGAGAAUGUUUGCUUAGGGAUGAUAAUCUAAUGGCUUUCCAUCCA